AAAAGAACCUGAUGCCGGGCUUUGCCUACGUCACUACUGUGCGACGCACAUGUCGAGGUGAAAGUGCAAGCGGCCGUUUUUUCGAAGGAAUCUUCUUAAUUAGACAAGCAAAAACAAACGGUCGGAGUUCAGUCGCUUUAGAGCGGGUCGGGGUCAGUCGGGUCACAGGGGAAACACACACUUACACCGGCAUGUCGUCCUUCUCCGAGUCGGCUCUGGAGAAGAAGCUGACGGAGCUGAGCAGCUCGCAGCAGAGCGUCCAGACUUUGUCUCUGUGGAUCAUCCACCACCGCAAACACUCGGGCCUCAUCGUCAAAGUGUGGCACAGAGAGCUGACGAAAGCUAAAAGCUCCAGGAAGCUGACGUUCCUGUAUCUAGCCAACGAUGUCAUCCAGAACAGCAAGAAGAAAGGACCCGAGUUCACCAAAGACUUUGAGACUGUCCUCGUCGAUGCCUGCUCCCAUGUUGCCAGAGAAGCAGAUGAGGGCUGUAAAAAGCACAUGGAGAGACUGCUGAACAUCUGGAAAGAGAGAGCCCUCUACAGAGCAGACUUCAUUCAGCAGCUCAAACUGGCCAUAGAAGACUCCAACAGCCCGAGGCCGUCAGAAGAGAAGAAGGCUGUGAAACGAAGCUAUCAGAAGAUCCAGGAAGAAGAAGAUGAUGAAGAUGACGACUACAGAAGCCAAGCCUCCCCUCACAGCGCAGACAUCUCCGCAACUCAACUGACAGAAGAGCUGGUGAAGGCCCUACAGGACUUGGAGAAUGCUGCAUCAGGCGACGCAGCAGUUCGGCAGAAGAUCGCCUCGCUGCCGCAGGAAGUCCAGGACGUUUCCCUGCUGGAGAAAAUCGGUGACAAGGAGGCAGCAGACAAGCUGUCGAAGACGGUGGACGAAGCGUGUUUGCUGCUGGCGGAGUACAACGGCCGACUGGCUGCAGAGCUGGAGGACCGGAGGCAGCUGGCUCGCAUGCUGACUGAAUACAUCAACAGCCAGAGGGAGGCGCUCAUGGAGAGAGAAAAGAAACUAGAGGAGUAUAAGCAGAAACUGGCGAGGGUGACACAAGUUAGGAAAGAGCUAAAGUCCCACAUCCAGAGUCUCCCUGACCUCUCCCUCCUGCCCAACGUGACCGGGGGUCUGGCCCCGCUCCCCUCCGCUGGAGACCUCUUCUCCACCGACUGAGAGGUCUUUGCCCAGACAAACAACCGCCAUGCCUCUCCCCACCCGAACGCAGCCCCAUGUAUGAUUCACAGAACACUUCCAGCUGUGUCACCAGCCAGAGGACAGUGGUCAAACCUCCUGGCAGUCAGCUCACCUGCUAACUCCAAACCUGCUGGACACUUGGGAGGAAAGGACACUCGAAGAAAGGUUUGGUGAAAUCAAAAUGCUCUGCAGAGGAGAACAGAGACUCUGUUGGCCUGGAUUUUUUCCAGCAAUUGCUCGAUCGACAAGGAUUCCACUCCACCAGCUUAGAAUGAGUUUGUUUCCUGUUCGUUUUUAUUAUUAUUUUUAAUGCUGGAAAUGUCUGGGAUCUAGGAGGAGGGGCGGGGCCAAGAAGAAGCUUAGAUGGACGUAAAUGUUGGCUGUGUGGUAUAUUGUGGAGUCAGUGAGCAAAGGCCGCUUGCUCUCACAAUUCUCAGAGGUUACACUGUGAAGAGGAUGUACCAUUCAUUACGUUUUAUUUUCUGGUAUUCAGUUGGUGACUUUUUAUUGACCUGUAGGUGGUUUUGAUGUGUAAAAUUAGAGAAGAUAUCAGAUUGGGUUCAGUGUAUGUUGCUUUUUGGUUGCUUCAUGAACACACAUGGUCAACAGCUCAUAGUCAACACACUCAUUUUAGUGACACUUCAUAGAGACGGUGAUGAAAUAGGUUUUGUCCUCCAUAGUUAUUCAAUAGACAUGCUCUUGUUUGUGUGUCCCUGUUUGAAAGCUUUUUCUCGUUUACAGACUAAACAUUAAUUUGGACAGAUCCUUGAAUUAUGGUAAUUAUGUAAUAAGUGUGUACUAGACAAGGUUUAAGUUUUACAAAUAAAUCCUGAAAGUUUGAGGAAACGAUUCAAAACAAUGUUUGCUUUCAAAAUAUCUACCUGUUCUUUAAUUGUUUGAAACCAUCCCAUUGGAAAAAUCCAAUAUCUUCUUAGAGGGCAAAAAAGGUGAGAAAGUAUUAAAGUUCAUUAUGUUUUAGUGUGUGUAGAGCUGGGCAAUAUGGAAAUAAAGAAAUAUCAACAUAAGUAGAUGAGACGAAGAGCUUUUAUAUAUCACAAGUGUUUUGUUAUAAAGAAAAACAUUGCAUUUAAUGUGAAAAGGAUAACAGCUGUCAUUUCCAGCUACAUUCUCAAGUAUUUAAGAAAAUUCCCACAAUGAUUGAAAAUUAUGAAAAAUAAUUUAUACAUAUUGCUCAGUCCUACAGAUGUGUAGACCUUCAGUGAUGUAAUAUUUUACUAAAAAGUAGCAACAAAUUCACCUCUGCACUCCCUUUCUCAGGUUUUUUUUUUUUAAUGAGGAGACAAACCAUUACAAAUCCCUGAAAUUGAGAUUUUAAGAUCAGGAAGUGUGAAUUAUUCCCAUUUUUGGUACAACAGUUUAUGAUUUUCUGAACAGUUUUGUCAAGGCCAGAACAAUAUGUAUUACUUGUAUUACUUGUUUAACUCAUAUUUGCUUUCCAGUUGUCUGUAUACAUAAAAAAAAGAAUUUGAUAAGUUUUAUAAAACUUAAUAAAAAAGGUCAGAGAUGU